AUGCCAGCGCUGCGCAUGCGCCGAGCUCCGGAAGUCAAGUCGAAGACAACAGGACAGAGGAAAGUUGCCGAGCUGAGAUUUGUGAUUUGUUUCAAGUUUGUUUCUCUAGAUUACACCAUGACCUCCCUCGGCAUCAUCGGAGGCGUAUUUUUAUUGCAAUUUGUUGCAGUGUUUACUGAUGACCCAAAAGUGAGGAUCAUUGCCACUGACCCUCCGCCGGACCCAGUCUCUGGCUUCAUCAUCCAGGAGAAGGACAAAGACGUACAGCUGACCUGUGUGGUGGAGAACAAGCCGCUGGAUGUCAAUGUCAUGUGGAUGUAUCAGACGAAGGCGGACUCCAUGCCCAUCCAGAUAUCCACAGCAACACGUUCCCUUGAUGCCUAUCGGUGGGCACUUGACAAACCAUCCCCAACCGCCUGGCGACUGCGAAUUCAGAAUGUGCAAGUGACAGACGAAGGGUUGUAUGUUUGUAAAGUUCAGGUUGUCAACCAGAACUAUGUGCCUGACCAGCGUGAGCUGCGAGUUGUUCAAAAACCCCAGAUCUCUGACCUUGACACCAGCAGUGACAUGUCUAAGAAUGCAGACGACCCGGCUCGCUUGGAGUGCUAUGCCACUGGCAGGCCCACGCCCCUCAUAAAAUGGACCAGAAUGGCUGGGGAACUUUUACCCAGUGGUGGAACAGAGUUCCAGGGGAAUGUUUUGGUCAUCACUCGGGUCCAAGCCGAUCAUGCCGGCAUCUACAAGUGUACGGCCGAGAACUCCGCUGGAGUAGAUACCAGAGAAAUCAGGCUCACCGUCAGUUUUCGACCAGAAGUUGUGGCUAACAACCCGUUUGCCAACCAAGCUGUUGGGUACACCAAGAAACUGGUCUGUAACAUUAAGGGCUACCCACCGCCGACACCCGAACAGAUUUCUUGGACUAAAGAAGGCCAGCCUAUCAUCAGCGACUAUAGGAGGGAGGUACGUAACAUCCCUGGCGCCUCCAACAAAAUUACCAGCAUUCUGUAUAUUAGAGAGGUCCUGCCUCAGGACUUUGGAGGCUAUAGGUGUUCGGCUGUCAAUGAAAAGGGCUCACUGUAUGCGACCAUCCAGUUCACAGAGUCCACAAUUCCAUCAGGGCCAAGAGCUAGUGCUGCUAUCUUGUCCUUCAACGUUGCCACUUGUAUCAUGCUGCUGUCUGUCUGUUUGCUGCAGAGGUUGUGA